CUUGCAGCUGCUUGCUGUUCCAGCCCUGCCCUCCUGGACCUGCCGGAGGCUCGCGGGUCUCCGAAAGCAUCCCGCCGCUGGGGCUGCAGCCGGGGAUGGGCGCCGCACACCUGCUCUGCGUUUUCUUGGCGCUCGCUGCGCCAGGGGUCCUCGGUCAGUGUAAGUUCCUGCCAAGGUAUCCUUUUGCUAAGCCUAAAAUUCAGAGUGAUCAGUCUGAGUUUGCUGUUGGGACAACUUGGGAAUAUGAAUGCCUUCCUGGGUAUUUCAAGAAGUCAUUCUUUACCACCUGCCUAAAGACCUCCAAGUGGUCAGAUGCUCAGCAAUUCUGUAAACGUAAAUCAUGUAUGAGUCCCAGUGAACUCCUCCAUGGCUCUGUCCUCACACCCAUGGGCAUUGUGUUUGGGUCAACAAUUACAUAUUCUUGUAAUACAGGAUACCGACUCAUUGGUGACUCAUCUGCCACAUGUAUUAUCUCAGACAAUACUGUAAUUUGGGAUAAGGAUGUGCCUUUUUGUGAAUCUAUUCCUUGUGCACCACCCCCAGCCAUCUCCAAUGGGGACUUUCUCAGCAGCAGUAGUGAGUAUUUUUACUAUGGAAUGGUGGUGACAUAUCGGUGCCAUGUUGGACAGAACGGGAAAAAGCUGUUUGACCUGGUGGGCCAGUCGUCAAUAUACUGCACCAGCAAAGACAAUCGAGUUGGCAUCUGGAGCGGUCCUCCCCCUCAGUGUAUUCCUCUAGUCAAAUGCCCAAUUCCAGAAGUUGAAAAUGGAAUUAUGGAAUCUGGAUUUAGACGUUCAUUUUCCUUAAAUGAUACUGUGAUGUUUAAGUGUAAGCCUGGCUUCACCAUGAAAGGCAGCCACACAGUAUGGUGCCAACCAGGCAGCAAAUGGAAUCCUCCUCUGCCAAAGUGCUUCAAGGGGUGUCUACCACCUCCUCAUAUCCACCACGGUAAUUAUAACAAAAUGGAUCAUGAAUUCUUUCCAGUUGGACAGAAAGUGUCCUACAGCUGUGAGCCUGGCUACGCUCUGGUUGGAACUCACAUUGUGCAGUGCACACCCUUGGGAACAUGGAGCCCGAUGGCCCCCACAUGUGAAGUGAAAUCAUGUGAUGCCAUCCCAAGCCAGCUUCUCGAUGGCCGUGUUGUGGCUCCUCCUAAUAUCCAGCUUGGGGCAGAGGUUUCAUUUGUUUGUGAUAAGGGGUACCGGUUAAAUGGCCAGUCUUCUAGUACAUGUGUCUCCAAAGGAAUGGGAGUGUUCUGGAAUAAUAAGUUUCCUGUCUGUGAACGAAUUUCUUGUGACUCUCCUCCUCCUAUCAAAAAUGGUAGGAGUGGUUACUCCUCUGGUCCCUUACCUCUUGGCACUUUUCUAAGGUACUCUUGCCUCGGUGGCUUCCGUCUCAUUGGAGAAAAAAACAUUUUUUGUAUAAGUAAAGACCAAGUGAAAGGAAUCUGGGAUAAAGCUGCUCCUAUAUGUGAACCAUUCAAUAGAAAUUCUGUUUGCCCUGAGCCCAUAGUACCAGGGGGAUACAAAGCUAAGAUGUCCAGACCACCAUACAAACAUGGUGAUUCUGUGACAUUUACCUGCAAUGCCAACUUCACCAUGAAAGGAAACAAAUCUGUUUGGUGCCAAGCAAAUAAAACUUGGGGACCGACACCGCUACCAACCUGUGAGAGUGAUUUCCACCUGGAGUGCCCACCACUUCCCGUGAUCCUUAAUGGACAUCAUACAGGGAACAAUGCUGGCCCCGCUGCCCCAGGAGUGUCUGUGACUUACAGCUGUGACCCUGGUUACUUACUUAAUGGAGAAAAGACCAUUCGCUGUUUGUCUACAGGAGACUGGAGUGCUGUCAUUCCCACAUGUGAAGAGGCACAGUGUGAAUCUCCAGGACCAUUGCUCAACGGGCAGAUAAAGGGGCCUGCGGGUCUUAGGGUUGGCGUAAUUGUGUACUUCUCCUGUAACGAAGGGUAUCAAUUACAAGGCCAACCUUCUAGUCAGUGUGUAAUUGCCGAGGAGAAGGCUUCUUGGACCAGGAUGCCCGUAUGUAAAGAAAUUUUUUGCCCGCCACCUUCUUCUGUUCUCAAUGGAAGACAUUCAGGCAGCUCUUCAGUGAACUUUCCAUAUGGAAGCACAGUCACUUACACCUGUGACCCGGACCCAGAGGAAGGAGUCAGCUUCAUCCUUAUGGGGGAGAAAACCAUCCGUUGUAUCACUGAUAGUCAGAAGAACGGGGCCUGGAGUGGCCCGGCCCCACACUGUGAACUUGCGACUUCUGCAGUUAGGUGUCCACCUCCCCAAAUUCUAAGAGGCCAAAUAUUAUCUGGGCAGAAAGAUCAAUAUUCUUAUAACAACACUGUGGAAUUUGCUUGCCUGUUGGGCUUCACCAUGAAGGGCAGCCCAAGAGUCCGAUGUAAUGCCCAGGGCACCUGGGAGCCGUCAGCACCCGUCUGUGAAAAGGAGUGCCAAGCCCCUCCUAAAAUCCUCAAUGGGAAAAAGGAAGAUAGGCGCAUGAUCCACUUUGACCCUGGAACAUCCAUGAAAUAUAGCUGUGACCCUGGCUAUGAAUUGGUGGGAGAAGCAUCCAUACAUUGUACCGCUGAGGGCGUGUGGACACCCGCUGCCCCUAAGUGCGAAGUGGCAGAAUGUGAACCCAUAGGAAAGCAACUCUUUAAAAAACCCCAGGAUCAAUUCAUUAGACCAGAUGUUAACUCUUCUUGCGAUGAAGGGUACCGGUUAGAUGGGAGUGUUUAUCAGCAGUGUAAAGGCACAAUUCCAUGGUUUAUAGAGAUUCGUCUUUGUAAAGAAAUCACCUGCCCACCGCCCCCUGUCAUCUACAAUGGGACACACACAGGAAGUUCCACCGAAGACACUGUGUAUGGGACCACCGUCACUUACACGUGCAACCCGGGGCCAGAGGCAGGAGUGACGUUCCACCUCAUCGGGGAGAGCACCAUCCAUUGUACGAGCGACGAUCAGGAGAGAGGCAUCUGGAGCCACCCUGCUCCUCUCUGUAACUUUUCCCUGCCUGCUGUGAAGUGCUCACAUGUUCAUGUUGCAAACGGGUACAAGAUAUCUGGCAAGGAAGCCCCGUAUUUCUACAAUGACAGUGUGACAUUCAAGUGUAACGACGGGUUUACUUUGAGAGGCAGCAGUAAAAUCCGUUGCAAAGCCAGUAACACCUGGGAUCCUGAAAUACCAGUUUGUGAAAAAGGUAAAAACCCAGUGGUAGAAAGAAAAAUGUGGUAUUCAUUUAUUCAUUAUUGUUUAUUAUCUCCCACCCAAAAAAACUUUUCUUCCUUUCCUUUAGAGUGCCAAGCCCCUCCUAAAAUCCUCAAUGGGAAAAAGGAAGAUAGGCGCAUGAUCCACUUUGACCCUGGAACAUCCAUGAAAUAUAGCUGUGACCCUGGCUAUGAAUUGGUGGGAGAAGCAUCCAUACAUUGUACCGCUGAGGGCGUGUGGACACCCGCUGCCCCUAAGUGCGAAGUGGCAGAAUGUGAACCCAUAGGAAAGCAACUCUUUAAAAAACCCCAGGAUCAAUUCAUUAGACCAGAUGUUAACUCUUCUUGCGAUGAAGGGUACCGGUUAGAUGGGAGUGUUUAUCAGCAGUGUAAAGGCACAAUUCCAUGGUUUAUAGAGAUUCGUCUUUGUAAAGAAAUCACCUGCCCACCGCCCCCUGUCAUCUACAAUGGGACACACACAGGAAGUUCCACCGAAGACACUGUGUAUGGGACCACCGUCACUUACACGUGCAACCCGGGGCCAGAGGCAGGAGUGACGUUCCACCUCAUCGGGGAGAGCACCAUCCAUUGUACGAGCGACGAUCAGGAGAGAGGCAUCUGGAGCCACCCUGCUCCUCUCUGUAACUUUUCCCUGCCUGCUGUGAAGUGCUCACAUGUUCAUGUUGCAAACGGGUACAAGAUAUCUGGCAAGGAAGCCCCGUAUUUCUACAAUGACAGUGUGACAUUCAAGUGUAACGACGGGUUUACUUUGAGAGGCAGCAGUAAAAUCCGUUGCAAAGCCAGUAACACCUGGGAUCCUGAAAUACCAGUUUGUGAAAAAGUUCUCUCUUCAGGCUGCCAGCCACCUCCUGGGCUCCAGCACGGUCAGCAUACAGGUGGAAAUAGGGUCCUCUUUGUCUCUGGGAUGACAGUAAACUACACCUGUGACCCUGGCUACUUGCUUGUGGGAAACAAAUCCAUUCACUGUAUGCCUUCAGGAAAUUGGAGUCCUUCUCCCCCUCGGUGUGAAGAAGCACCAUGUCAUCCGGUGGGAGAAGACCUUCAUAAGCUUCCAGCUGAUUCACACAUCAUAUCAGUUAAUACAUCCUGUCAAGUUGGGUACCAGUUGACUGGAUAUGCUUAUCGGAAGUGUCAAGAUGCUGAGAAUGGGGUUUGGUUCCAAAGGAUUCUACUUUGUAAAGUUAUUUACUGUCAGCCUCCACCAGAGAUUGACAAGGGGAGGCACAGAAGCGUGAUGGUAAAACACUUUCUGUAUGGCAAUGAAGUCUCUUAUGAAUGUGACCAAGGAUACUAUCUUCUGGGAGAGAAAACUCUGCGAUGCAUCAGUGGCUCUGAAGAGCAUGGAUCCUGGAGUGGACCUCCCCCACAGUGCCUAAAAUCUCCUGCUGUGACUCACUGCCCUAACCCAGAAAUCAAACAUGGAUACAAGCUAAAUAACAGUCACUCUUUAUAUUCCCACAAUGACAUAGUGUAUGUUGCCUGCAAUCCAGGCUUCAUCAUGAAUGGCAGUCACUUGAUCAGGUGUCACACCAGUAACAAAUGGGUGCCAGGUGUACCGACUUGUAUCAAAAUGGCUUCCUUGGGAUGCCAACCCCCACUUAAGAUCCCCAACGGGAAUCAUUCUGGUGGAGAUACAGCUCGAUUUUCUCCUGGAAUGUCAAUCUUGUACAGCUGUGAGCAAGGCUACCAGCUGGUGGGAGAGGCACUCCUUCUUUGCACACAUAUGGGAAACUGGAGUCAACCUACCCCUUAUUGUAAAGAAGUUAACUGUAGCUUCCCAGAGUAUAUGCAUGGAAUCCAGGAGGGGCCAGAACCUGGGAAAAUGUAUCAGUAUGGCACUGUUGUCACCGUGGAGUGUGAAGACGGGUUCACCCUGGAAGGCAGUCCCCAGAGUCAGUGUCAGGACGACCACCGAUGGAACCCUCCCCUGCCUGUCUGCAAAUCACCAGGCUCCCUUGCUCUUCUUAUUUGUGGUAUUUCUGCAAGUUUAGUAUUUCUUAUCGUCUUGAUUAGCAUCACCUCGUGCAUGAUAUUCAAAUACAAACAACGCAAUUAUUAUACAAACACAAGCCCUAAGGAAGAUCGUCACUUUGAAAUACAAGAAAUAUAUCCUAUUGAUCCAUACAACCCAGCAAGCUACGCAGGAGCAGGCACGUCAUUCGCGGACCUUCCCACGCGGAUUCUUGGCCAGGGGAAAAGCCACGCGGGGGGUGCGCAGAGGAGCAGCGAGAACCCCGGCCCGUCUGCAAUUGCCGGGGAAGCUGCGGUUAAAAGCCUUUUGUCCCGGAACCCCGCCGCGCUCCCCGACCCUGCGCGCGGAACCUGGCGCGUCUCUCUGCGCCCCUGGACGCUUUCCCCUUCGCUUUCCUUCGAGAUCGCAUCUGGUCAGGAGCAGUGCUCGGGGAGGAUGGCAGCGUCUUCCUCGAGGAGCCCGGGGCCUCUCGGGGGGCAGGUGCCCCCUCUCUCCGGCUCCGGAGGAGCCCUGCUGGCGGCGCUGGUGCUGCUCGCGCCGCCGGCGGCCUGGGGUCAAUGCAGAGCCCCGCCACAGUUUUCAUUUGCCAAGCCUUCAAAAUGGAUUGAUGAGUAUGAGUUUCCCACUGGGGCAUCUUUGCUCUAUGAAUGCCGUCCUGGUUACCACAGGAAAUUGUUCUCUAUCACCUGCCUACAAAAUGCAGUCUGGACAGAUGGUGAAAAGAACUGUAUACGUAAAUCAUGUGGAUCUCCUCCAGAACCCAUAAAUGGCAAAAUGGACAUAAAUAGAGACACCCAGUUUGGAUCAACAGUUAAUUAUUUUUGUAAUGAAGGAUACCGACUCCUUGGUCGAUCUUCUGCUGAGUGCAUCAUCUCAGGCAACACUGUCAUUUGGGAUAAUGAAGCACCUGUUUGUGAGAGUAUUCCUUGUGGGCCACCCCCAGCCAUCGCCAAUGGAGAUUUCGUUAGCACUGACAGAGAAUAUUUUUAUUAUGGAAUGGUGGUGACCUAUCACUGCAAACGUGGCAAGAGAGGGCAAAAGCUGUUUGACCUCGUGGGCGAGCCAUCAAUAUACUGUACCAGCAAGGACGGUCACGUCGGCGUCUGGAGCGGGCCUCCCCCUCGGUGCAUCAUACCUAACACAUGCAUGCCUCCAGACGUUGAGCAUGGAAUAAGGGUAUCUGAGAACAGAAGCUUCUUUUCCUUAAAUGAAGUCGUGACAUUUCGGUGUCAGCCUGGCUUUGUCCUGCAAGGACCGUCCAGGGUGCGAUGUCAGGCCCAGAACACAUGGGGGCCGGAGUUGCCGAGGUGCUCCAGGGUCUGUCCACCCCCUCCAGAAAUCCUGCAUGGUAAACACACCCCAAGGAACAUGGACAACUUUUUCCCUGGGCAGGAAGUGUUGUACAGCUGUGAGCCCGGCUAUGAGCUCAGAGGGGCUGCUGCUCUGCGCUGUACACCCCAGGGAGACUGGAGCCCCGCAGCCCCCCAGUGUGAAGUAAAAUCCUGUGCAGACUUCCUGGACCAGCUCCCUAGUGGCCGAGUGUUAUUGCCACUUAAUCUCCAGCUUGGGGCAAAAGUGUCCUUUGUUUGUGAUGAGGGGUUCCAAUUAAAAGGCAGCUCUGCUAGUCACUGUGUCUUGGUUGGAAUGGAAACCCUUUGGAACAGCAGUGUUCCUGUGUGUGAACAAAUCUUGUGUCCAAAUCCUCCAGCUAUCCUCAAUGGGAGACACACAGGAAAACCUCGGGAAGUCUUCCCUUUUGGAAAAGAAGUAACUUACUCAUGUGACCCCCACCCAUACAGAGGGAUGACCUUUUCCCUCACUGGGGAGAGCACCCUCCGCUGUACAAGCGACGGUCAAGGGACUGGGAUUUGGAGCGGCCCCGCCCCUCGCUGUGGACUUCCGGGUUACUGUAAUGCCCCAGAUCCUUUUCAGUACGCUAAGUUGAAAAUCCAGACCAACGAAACUGUGUUUCCCUUUGGGACAUCUUUAAAUUAUGAAUGCAACCCUGAGUACUACAGGAAGUCUUUCUCUAUCACAUGUCUGGAAAACCAGAUGUGGUCAAGAGCCAAACAUGUCUGUAAACGUAAAUCAUGUAGGACUCCUCCAGAUCCUGUGAAUGGUGUGGUGCACAUAGGCACAAACACGGAGUUCAUAUCCAGAAUCAAUUAUUCUUGUAAUAUAGGGUAUCGACUCCUGGGAAGCUCGUCUGCUAAGUGUAUCGUCUCAGGCAAUACUGUCAUGUGGGAGACAGAGCCGCCCAUUUGUGAACGUAUUCCUUGUGGGCCACCCCCAGCCAUCGCCAAUGGAGAUUUCGUUAGCACUGACAGAGAAUAUUUUCAUUAUGGAAUGCUGGUGACCUAUCACUGCAAACGUGGCAAGAGAGGACAAAAGCUGUUUGACCUCGUGGGCAAGCCAUCAAUAUACUGCACCAGCAAGGACGGUCACGUCGGUGUCUGGAGCGGGCCUCCCCCUCAGUGCAUCAUACCUAACACAUGCGUGCCUCCAGACGUUGAGCAUGGAAUAAGGGUAUCUGAGAACAGAAGCUUCUUUUCCUUAAAUGAAGUCGUGACAUUUCGGUGUCAGCCCGGCUUUGUCCUGCAAGGACCGUCCAGGGUGCGAUGUCAGGCCCAGAACACAUGGGGGCCGGAGUUGCCGAGGUGCUCCAGGGCAUGUCGGCCCCCUCCAGAAAUCCUGCACGGUAAGCACACCCCAAGGAACACGGACAACUUUCCCCCCGGGCAGGAAGUGCUGUACAGCUGUGAGCCGGGCUAUGAGCUCAGAGGGGCUGCUGCUCUGCGCUGUACGCCCCAGGGAGACUGGAGCCCCGCAGCCCCCCAGUGUGCAGUGAAAUCAUGUCCUGACUUCCUGGAGCAACUCCCCAACGGCCGUGUGCUCUCUCCACUUACUCUCCAGCUUGGGGCCCAAGUGUCCUUCGUUUGUGAUGAGGGGUUCCAUUUGAAAGGAAAUUCUGCUAGUUACUGUAUCUUGGUUGGAAUGAAGCGCCUUUGGAGUAACAGCGUUCCUGUGUGUGAACAAAUCUUUUGUCCAAAUCCUCCAGCUAUCCUUCAUGGGAACCACACAGGAACUUCUCUGGGACGCAUUCCCUACGGAAAGGAAAUCACUUACACGUGUGACCCCCACCCAGACAGAGGGAGGCCCUUCACCCUCCUGGGAGAGAGCACCCUCCGCUGCAUGAGCGACGGCCAAGGGAACGGGAUUUGGAGUGGCCCCGCCCCUCGCUGUGCGCUUUCUGGUCCUGCUGGUUACUGUAAGGCCCCAGAACAGUUUCCAUUUGCCAAGCCUACAACCCUGACUGAUGAGUCUGAGUUUCCAAUUGGGACAUCUUUGAAUUACGAAUGUUCCCCUGGGUAUUUUGAAAGUAUGUUCUCCAUCACCUGCUUAGAAAACUUGGUCUGGUCAAGAGCUGACGAUACCUGCAGAAGAAAAUCAUGUGGAACUCCUCUAGAACCCUUCAAUGGCAUGGUGCAUAUAAACACAGAUACCCAAUUUGGAUCAACAGUUAAUUAUUCUUGUAAUGAAGGGUAUCGACUCAUCGGUUCCCCGACUGCUGCUUGUCUCCUCUCAGGCAAUAACGUCACUUGGGAUAAGGAGCUACCCAUUUGUGAGAGUAUAUCUUGUGAGCCACCCCCAGGCAUAUCCAAUGGAGACUUCUACAGCAGCAAUCGAAGUGUUUUUCAGUACGCAACAGUGGUGACUUACCAGUGUCACACUGGACCAGAUGGACGAAAGCUGUUUGACCUCGUGGGAGGACGAUCAAUAAACUGUACCAGCAAAGGCGGUCAGCGUGGUGUUUGGAGCAGCCCCCCUCCUCAGUGUGUUCCUGCUAAUAAAUGCACAGCUCCGGAAGUUGAAAAUGGAGUUAGAGUGUCGGAAAAUAAGAGUUUAUUUUCCUUAAAUGAGACUGUGAGAUUUAGAUGUCAUCCUGGCUUUGUCAUGAAAGGGUCCGACACUGUGCAAUGCCAAGCCAACAGCACAUGGGUACCUGAGCUGCCAGGCUGCUCCAGGGCAUGUCGGCCCCCUCCAGAAAUCCUGCACGGUAAGCACACCCCAAGGAACACGGACAACUUUCCCCCCGGGCAGGAAGUGCUGUACAGCUGUGAGCCGGGCUAUGAGCUCAGAGGGGCUGCUGCUCUGCGCUGUACGCCCCAGGGAGACUGGAGCCCCGCAGCCCCCCAGUGUGCAGUGAAAUCAUGUCCUGACUUCCUGGAGCAACUCCCCAACGGCCGUGUGCUCUCUCCACUUAAUCUCCAGCUUGGGGCCCAAGUGUCCUUCGUUUGUGAUGAGGGGUUCCGAUUAAAAGGAAGCUCUGCUAGUCACUGUGUUUUGGCUGGAAUGAAAAGCCUUUGGAACAGUAGUGUUCCUGUGUGUGAACAAAUCCUGUGUCCAAAUCCUCCAGCUAUCCUUAAUGGGAGACACACAGGAGAACCUCAGGAAGUCUUUCCUUUUGGAAAAGAAGUAACUUACACAUGUGACCCCCACCCAGACAGAGGGAUGACCUUCACCCUCCUUGGGGAGGGCACCCUCCGCUGCACAAGUGACAGUCAAGGGACCGGGGUCUGGAGCAGCCCCGCCCCUCACUGUUCGCUUUCUGGUCCUGCAGCAUGCCCACCUCCACCGAAGAUCCGCAACGGGCAUCUCAUCGGAGGACAUGCAGCUCUCUAUCUCCCUGGGAUGACAGUCACCUACGCUUGUGACCCAGGCUACCUGUUAGUGGGAAAGGCCUUCAUUUUCUGUACGCACCAGGGAACCUGGAGCCAAUUUGAUCAGGAUUGCAAAGAGGUAAAAUGUAGCCUCCCACAGCUUAUGAAAGGAUUCCAGAAGGAGUUGGAAAUGAGAAGAGUGUAUCACUAUGGAGAUAAUGUAACUUUGGAGUGUGAAGAUGGGUAUACUCUGGAAGGAAGUCCCCAGAGCCAAUGCCAGGCAGACAACACAUGGCACCCUCCUCUGGCCACGUGUACAUCUCGCUCACGUAAUGCUCUUAUAGUUGGCAUUUUCUUUAGUGCGACCUUCUUCAUUUCACCCUUCAUUGUUUCCUGUUGGGUAAUUCUAAAGUGCAGAAAAGGCAAUAAUAUAGAUGAAAAAUCUAAAAAAGGGAUUAUCUGUUUACAUCCCCAAGAAGGCAACGGUGUUCAUCUUCAAACUCUGCAAACAAAUCAGGAAAAUAACAGGUCAGAAAUACUAAAUUCAACAGAGGACAGUAGAAGUGACCACAGGAAUAAGUGUCUUCCUUGACAAAGUACUAUAAAGUUGGAGAACACCUCAAAUUCAGAUGGUUGGCUGGAAAUCAGCCACUUCAUUUCAACAGAAUAAGAUCUGAGACUCAUUCAAUCUUGGAAGUGACUUCACAGAGAUGCAAACGUGUGCAUAUGAAGAUGCUGACACUCUCCUAUGUUACAGUGAAGCUCCAGCUCUUAUUUGGGUUUGUUGCCACUCUAACCCCUUUCUUGUGCUGAGAGCACACAGUGUGUUAGGCAAGGAAAGGACUGCACUUAGAUAUAUAAAUAGUCUGAAUUGCUUAAAGGAAGAUGGUGUGAGUUAGGAUUUCUGUUUACAAGUUUGUCUUCUUCCUAAUUUUCAAAUGUAUGUAAUGUGGUGGGCUCAUUAAGGAGAAAUGGGAAACUGCAGGAUGAAGAUAUGGAAAACAAGUCAAAUAUAAUUAUGUUACCCAGUGAUUCCACAAUAUUUUUAUUCACUUUGAGAGUCUUUAUAUACACAAAUUUCCUUCUCCGACAGACUGAUUUCUAUAGUGCAGAACCCACUCCUUUUAGAUAGACCGGAUUAAAAUAUAUGCUAAUAUCAGUUUUCAGUUUCUCUAGGGAUAAAAUGUAAUUUCUGUUUUAAAAUGGCAUUAAACUACUAUAGGGGAGAUGCGUUAAGACAAUUCAAGAGAAACCUCAGAAAUAAAAUUAAGCCUUGGAUAUUUCCUAAGCUCUAUUUCAAAAGCACUUUGUACUGUGUUCUGUAUUAAAACAAUACUAAAAUUUAAAUAAAAUAAUGAUUUUAUAAUAAAA